CAUCAUCAAGAAAUGAGUUCCACAUCGCAAAAACACAAGAAUUUCGUUAGUGAGCCUAUGGGCGAGAAGCCAGUGACAGAGCUAGCAGGGAUCGGAGAAGUACUUGGAGGCAAGCUUAAAGACAAGGGCUUUGAUUGUGCAUAUGUAGUACUUGGACAGUUCUUGCUGUUGAAGAAAGAUGAAGAGAUGUUCAAGGAAUGGCUGAAAGAUUUGGUGAACGCAAAUAAGAAGCAAAGCUCAGAUUGUUAUACUUGCUUAAAGGAAUGGUGUGAUGCUUUCCUGUAAAAGUCAAAACAGUGGGAAUUUAGUAUUAUAUAGUAGCAAAAAAUUAGCUUACGCCAAGCUUAUAAAAUCUUUGACAUUUUUAUCUAGUUCACGAUUUCAAGUGUAAAAACAUCCCUCCUCAAAUCUAUUGAAGUGGCAUCUCUGGGAAAAAUAAUACUGAAUUGCAAAGUGUAUUCACAUUAUGGUUUCAAUAAAUAAACUGAGUUGUCAUGCCA